AUGAAUCGACGCGGUCAUUUAUCAACCAAAAUACCUCAGGUAAAAUUACGUCCCGCACCUGCUGGAACAUCGAAUCGGAAAACAAGAGAAGCUUCACCUAUAAAUAAAGUAGAUGAAGAAAUCAUGAGACGAGCUUUGGCUGAUGCUGAAGAUGAGGAAAGUUCAACAGCCGCUUUAAGAAGGAAUACGAAACCUUGGAAAGGUGUGAUCAUAACUUUUACAGGAGUAGACAAUAAACCCGCACUGACGGCAUUGGCAAAAGAGCUCGGUGCGAUGGUAGAAAAUGCUCUGACGAUACAUGUAACUCAUGUAGUAGCCGUGGGGUUUGGGUCCGCAAAAUACCUAUAUGCCGUGGAACACCUCUUACCCGUUAUGGAACCUUCAUGGAUCGAAGACGCUCAUGCGCAAUGGUUAAAUGGGGAAGAAUUAGAUACUGAACUUGAUCAAGAAAAUCAUAGAUUAUUACCUUUCGUGGGAUUGAAAAUAGCAAUGUCAGGUAUAGAACCUCUCGAUCGACGUAAACAGUUAAUCAAGCAUAUUCAAAAUUCAGGUGGAACAUAUUCGAAAGAUUUAGAUAGAUCGUGUACACACUUGAUUUCGGCCAAACCAACAAACGAACCUAGAUCAUCUGAAAAAGUAAAAUGGGCUUUGAGGGAAAUAGCGGAUUUAGGCGCAAGGAAAAGGAAAGGAGUUAAAGUUGAUCAAGAUGAAGAAAUGAAAAUUAUUUAUGAAGAAUGGAUUUGGGAUUGCGUGGCUUAUAAUGGUAGAUGGAAAGAAGAUUUUUAUGAUGCUAGAAAGCCUAGAAGAAGUGGUAAAGUCGUUCCUGAGGACGUAAUCAAUGGGACUAUCAAUUUACAAAAAGAGAAGAAAACACUUGGUGAAAGUGAUACUACGAGUGGGGGAAAAGAUCCAGUAGAUAAUAACGAGCCUGCCAUUAUGAGGAAACGGAAAAGAGAAUCCCUAAGUACACUAGUGACUGAGUUAGUAUCAACAACAGGUGUCAAAGCAGAUCGUGAAUCACCUAUACCACCAACAACGAAAAGAUCAUCAUCCCCUCAACAACCUAGAAAAGAUGAGGGGAAGCCCGACAUGAACCGGAAACCUUCGUUGUUACAUGUAUCACGGUCAACUUCAUUUGCGACUACUCCUCUUGUAAAUCCACCCAAACCCGAACGGACAACUCCAAUACCACCUACAGCUCAUCCACAGCCCCUUGAAGAAAGAAACAAGGAAGAUGAACAACAACAACCUUCAAAGGGACCUAAGACGUUCUUCGAGGGAUUGAAGUUCAGCCAUGUCAUUCAAGAACAAUGCGAUGGAUUGGAAAAUGCCAUUAGACAACAUGGUGGUAUGCUGGUGAGCGAUGAAAAGAGGAAAGAUGGAGAAAGAGUAGAUUAUAUAAUAGUCAGACUAUGCUCUGACGUUAGACCUGAUCUGACGGAAAAUGAUCGGGAUACAGUGGUAGUGACGGAAUGUUGGGUGGAGGGAUGUUGUUUCGAGGAACGGCUGCUCUCGCCAGACAAACACAUCGUAUUCAGACCAUUACCUGCACCCAUGCCAAUAGCUGGCACACCAAAACUCAACGUACAUCUCUCUGGCUUUUCAGCUGAGAACAACGUUUAUAUGCGGAGAUUACUACGAGCGAUAGGAGGAACACUGUCAGUGAAGCUGAAUCGUCAAACAACGCAUCUCAUAACGGUCCCCACAACCGGUCAGAAAGUUGAAAAAGCAAGGGAAUGGGGUGUGAAAGUAAUGAAAGAAUCAUGGCUGGUAGCUAUGGGCCGAUCCGGACAACUGGAACCAGAGGAAGGACAUAGACAUAAGUUCACGCCCACAGUUGCCGUUAGAGCAGUGGGGAAGACAAGCGACUUGACUGCCAAUUUAUCAACAAUGUCUGAUUUACCAGAUAACAGUGAUUUCUUACUUCGACCUCCAUCGAGUAAAUCGACUUCUCAAAACAUGCCAACCAUAUCACCUGGACGUAUGCUUAAACCCUCUCCUACGCAUAUCGAUGAUCCUUCGACUAUGUCAACAUCCUCUAUUCGCAUGGGAGGGGAAGGAGGAGGAGAAAGUCGCCCAUCCGUUAUGCAAACAAAGACAAUCGAAAAUAUCUUGUCACCACCUAAAGCGCAAACCGAACGAUUACUGAACUCAGCCACGGUACCACCGAUUCCUCCGUUCAAUACUGAUAAAAUGGAAAAGGAAAAAGAGAAGAUAUCGCGCACGACUUCUGCGCCUAUACAGCAAACUGAAUCAAUACCGCUGCCUAUUAUGAAUGACAGUCUAGGUGAAAGAGCUCAGUCUAUGAGUAGUUUACCUUUAGGUAGACCCACAUCGAUCGGAGGAACAGGGACAGAAAUGACUGAAGUGUUGAGACAACUUGCUGAGAAAGAUGGAAGUACACCAUUGAAAACGAAGGUCGUCAGAAGAGCCAGGCCCAGUGCGAGAAUAAAAAACGCUCGAUCACCUUUGAACAGUCUUUCACCUGCAGCAUCGAAGUUCUCAGCACCUCCUUCCCCUAAAGAAGCAGAUCCAGAUACAUCUUACAUGGGAGCGGAUGGGACACCCGUCUCAAUCGAUGGUGAUGCCGAUAUAGAUAAUGAUGCAGGAGCGGGAGUAGGAGAAGAAAGCGUUCAAGUCAGAUAUGUGGAUGCUGCUUCUGCGAGGGAAAGAAGAAAAAUCAUGGCUUUGCUCGAUCACGGUGAAGGUGGUAGUAGCAAGAAAGCUAAGAGGAAGUGA